UUUUUAGUUUAAUUAAUAUUAUGAUAAACACAAUAAUAAUUGUAUCAGAAAACACCUUUCUUUGCAACAAUCAUUUCAACUGAAGACGUCACUCUUUCCGAUUAUGGCGGCUUAAAUUUGUCACCGGUGUAACGUGGCAGCUAAACUGCUAUUGCUGUCAAAAAAAGCUCAUCAAAAAACUAUAAUCUCUAUUUCCAUUAACUUUAUAUAUUAUCUACUGGUAUUAAUAUUAUACCAAUGACUGCUGCAACAAAACGUAAACAUGUGAUCAAAGAAGUGCUGGAAAACUUCAGCAUGCCGGCACCAGAUCAAACAAUUGUGAAAGUUCUGGGUAAUUCUGGCUCAAAUUUACACGAAGUUAUUACCCCUUCUGGGGAGAGAUUUCUCGCCAGUCUUCCUGUCAAGUUUCGGAAGAAUAUUUGGAUCAAACGCGGUGAUUAUGUCAUCACAGAGCCUAUUAUUGAAGGCGAUAGAGUCAAAGGUGAAAUAGUGAGGAUUCUUUACGCUCAACACAUCAAAGAAAUAAAAAUUUGCAAAAUGUGGCCGAAAGAAUUUGAAGAAAAAGUCAAUGAUUUCGAGAUUGUAAAAGAAACAGAAAAAUUGAAAAUUUCAAAUGAAUCCGUCGAAGGAAGUGAGGAGGAUAGCGAUGAUGAUGAUCUAUCGGACAUCUUCGUCAAUACAAAUCGCCCUCCUGAGAUUUUCCUCUCUGACUCAGAAGAGGAAACAUCAGAUGAAGAAUAAAUAUGAAACAUAUUUAUUGAUAUUUGCCAAAAGAUUUAAUAAAAUCACAUCUUCAUUCAAACUUAACAAUAACAUGGGAGUUUUGUUUAUAAAGACUUGUUUUUUUAAGAGGGAAAUUUGUGGUAGAAAUAUGUGAAAUGUACACAUAACCUCUAUGGUGGCAACCUUGAAAUGCUAUUUCUACUUGUGUUGUAAUACUUGCAGUGGCACAUCUAGAGUUUCAGAAUCAUUUUUAACAAAAUGAAUGUGGGGAUAAUAGAAAGAUAAAGUAACUGAUCAGUUUUUGGUAAUAGGUCCACAAAUAUGAUCAUAAAAUGAGCCCCAAAAUGUGCCAGUGUUUGUUAAAUAUGGUGAUUAGAAAUUAAAAGUAGUGCCAUAUAUCACAAGAGCUUGUUUUGUGGUAUAUUAUUUUGCGUUUUUUUGUUAAAAUGAAUGUCACAUAAUAUAAUUCUGGACUCUUGUUGAUUAUCAAGGUGUAUUAAAGUUAGAAAAUCAAGUAUUUAUAUAUAGCUUACAAUAUGUUGACAUCUGUCUUUCAAAAACUCCCAGUGACAGCUCUCAGCAUGAAUGAGGAUCAUAUAUUUGUUGGUGCGUUAUUAUUUUAACUUUUACAAUACAAGAAUACAAAG